ACUUAUUGGGAACCAUCUUACCAGCGUGGCAAUAUAAAAAAGGGGGGCUAUGGGAUCCGAGCUGGGAUUGGUCCCAUUUUGAGAACAAGGCGUCCAGUGCAAGCGCGCCAACACCAUCUGCCCCUCUAGAUUACCAAGCUGGUUCUGAUGAAAUUUAA